UGAGAUGUGGAGAGAUAUAAAUAUGGAUAAACAGCUCCAAAUUUAUUAAUGUCUUACGUAUGUCAUAUACAUAUAUAAACAAAGUAAAAGCCAAAACUCUCUUUCUCUCUCCCUCUCUCUUAUCUCUCUCUCUCUCUCUCUCUCUCUCCUUGGCUUCACUUUCAUCUCUGUUCUUCAUUUACCUCAUCAUUCAAUAUUUGGGAGAAUAUUGAUGGGAGUUGUGAGGUCUUGAGCUUCGGAGUCUGAUGAGCUAGAUUUCAAUUUUUGUUCUUCACUGUUUAUCGAUAAUUUUUUUUUUCUAAAAUGGACGGGAACCGGCAAAUGGAGGUGCAUUAUAUAAAUACUGGAUGUCCUUACACCGUAACUGAGAGCUUUAUGGAUUUUUUUGAAGGUCUUACAAAUCCACAUGAACAUUAUGCUCAUGCAGUACCUAUGCAGCAGUAUCAGGAAACGGCAUACUGGGUGAAUGCCUACAAAUUCGGAUUACCUGCUUCUGAAAUUCCUCCAUAUUAUGGUCACUAUGUGGUGAAUGAUUAUCUUCCCAGAAACGAUAUAAGCAGAAGGGCUUGGGAAUACCCUACAAUGUCAUACAAUGAACAACCUACAGCAACAGAGAUACAAGCUGAAGAAAAUUCAGUUGCUACUAUGGAAGCUAUUCCGGAAGAAUGCACUACAAAUCAUGAGACUGCUGCCAAUUCUCAGGAUCUUUGGCAGGACAAUAUAGACCCGGACAACAUGACUUAUGAGGAGUUACUUGAUCUAGGUGAGGCAGUUGGAACUCAAAGUCGGGGCCUUGCUCAAGAACUGAUUGAUCUGCUUCCAACAUCUAAAUACAAGUCUAGUGGUUUCUUCUUCAAAAAACGUUCUAAAGAGAGGUGUGUGAUCUGCCAAAUGAGAUAUAAAAGAGGGGACCGUCAAAUAAGACUGCCUUGCAAACAUGUCUAUCAUAGUGAAUGCGUAUCCAAAUGGCUAAGCAUCAACAAGAUAUGUCCCAUCUGCAGCACCGAAGUUUUUAGCGAUGAAUCGAAGCAUUAACACAUUAAAUGGUGAAGGUCCCAUACAUUUAACAGGGUUGUGAGACAAUAGGUUAUAUCCCCCCUUUACUUAUGUCAGAGCAUACAGAUAGGUAGUUCAUAUCAAAGUUGUUCCUUUUUUAUAUGUUCUCACUUGUAGAGAAAUCAUUUCGCUUGAAGGUGAUUAUGAUGUACAACUAAUUUGGGUGUGCUAGGAUAAACUUGGAUGUAUGUACUAGCUUUUGUUUGUGGGUUAUAUUAAUAUGAGCAUGUUCCUGUGUUUAUUUGACCAAAAUAGAAAAAAUGUGGCAAGUUGUUUAUGUAAUAUCCCUUUGUAAGUC